AUGGAUGUCGACAGUGUGUUGAAACCGUUGGACGAUGAGCAGAAAUAUUUACAAAAACUUCGUCAAUCGUCGACCGUCGAGCCGAUUCUCCUUCAUCUCUUCAAUUUAUUAGAAAUCGAAGAUUACCGUGAAUUGUUUUAUUCCACAAAUCUCCAUACAAUUGAUUGCCAAUGGCUCGAAAGUUUUAGUAAAUUGUGUCUAAAACGCUACUUCGAACUAGAUGGUGUCUCUUUCUCUCAAACAUCUCAUUUCAAUUCGUCAAAUAGGACUGAUACGAAAUCUAUUAUGGAAAACUAUACAAACUUUUUAAUCGAAACCUUAAAGCAACGUUUUACUAUAAAUUAUUUUCGUGCGAUCACGUGGGAAAUUGAACAAUUAAAUCGUUUUAAAUUUGAUCACAUCUUCAAACAACUCAAUGAAAAUAAUCGACUUAUCAAUGAACUAUACCUUUUAUUCAAUUACGAUAACGACGAAAAGGACGAUUGUAUUAUUCACUUAAGUUCAACACCAGCACCACCAAUCACUCGACCAACGUAUAUUAAUUACAAACCGAUUCACAUGGUCUACCUACGAGAAAGUCUUCUUAUAAAAAAUGAUCUCGACGCACGUUUGCCGCUGAAAGGUAUAACGAACACAUUUGUAGCUGACUUGAUUAAUGCUAAACAUAUCAACAUUCUCGAUGAAGUCACUGGUAAAACGUACGAUAUUCCAACGAAAUGGUUGUAUAUAGCAAAACCAUGUGAAAAUAAUGUGAUUUUACCAUUGAAAUUACGCGUUCUGAUCAUUGACUCUCAAACUGGACGUCGACGUUAUGGUUUUAUCGGUGAAGAACCCGGCAAGAACAAUGACUACCGUUGUUUAGUGUUUUUUACUGAUGAUGCGACGAGUAUGUCGGCGACGUAUCAUUCAUCAUCUCAUAUUCAUGUCUGUCUUGAUCAAACAUUUUCCACGCACACUCAAGAAUGUAGAAACGAUUUUCUCGAUCGCUAUUUCGCUUCCUAUCCUGAGCGUAUGAUGCUUCGUGCGAAGGAAGGUUCGACUGUCAAAGUUCGAAAUGUUUUCGCCAAUGUUCAUAGUACUUCUUUUGUACCUGCACUUGUUAUUCAAAUCGAUGGAUCUAUGAUGCAAAUCGAACUCAUUCAUAGUAAACAACGAAAAUGGCUCUAUCGAGGUUCACCUUUGCUCGAUCAGAUGCAUAAUUAUUAUUCAACACAAAACAAAGCGGUUAUUAAUGGAGUGGCUCGACGUACCGCGAGGCAGCAUUUAUCAGCCAAAAGAUCAAAUGCACCAGAAAUUAUAUGUCUAAAUGAUCAAACAACAACAUCAACAACAUCAACAACUGCAGUAACAACAACGGCACCAACAAUAGUUUCGAACAAAUCCAAAUCGGUUCGAACAUCUGAACAAAUCACUGAUGGGACGGAUGAAACCAAAUCGUCUAAGCGACCUCGAUUAUCUCAUGAACAAGACACCCGCAAAUCGUCAUCUACGCUUCCGACAACGAACUCGAAUCAAUCUGGCCUACGAACACUUCGUCCACGUCAAACUAACAAUAGCACAUCGAGUACAGUUUCAUCGCCAUCUACUCCCACGCCUAAUGAACAAUCACCUUCCAUGAAUAUUCAUCGACAGUCUUCUUCUUCAUCUACGUCGUCGAAUCACUGUACUACAUCCGUUCAAGUGCGUUCCAAUCAUUCCAACUCAAUUUCCAAAAUCGUACUUAAUCCGUUGUUUCUCGAGCUGGCCGAAAAGUUCCUUAUUCACUACUCCUAUGAAUUUCAUCCACAUCAUUGUUCACACAAAUGUGUUAAUUAUGCGGAAAAGAAUUUCCAUCAAUUACCACGAACAAUGAAUCCAUUUCUGAAACCAUUUGCUUGUCAUUGGACAAUGCUAGAUAACGUUCGAGUGAGAAAGGCUGGCGACAUUCGUCUUCGAGUAACACGUUCGACAUUCAUCUACUGUGCACCGUGUGGGAGGAAACUUGUCAGUCAAGGGCAAGUCGAUAAUUAUCUUCAUGAAACAAAAUCUAAGUUGACUAGUGAAUUAUUUAUAUUCGAUGGGAAAGCUAAUUUAAGACAACACUAUUCUCCGUGUGGCAAAAUUCUCAAUCCAGAUAUAUCGAACGGUCAAGAAAAUGUUCCUAUUUCAGUUGUCAACGAAGUCGAUAAAGAACCAGGAAAAAUCGAAGAGCCAAGCGCAUUUACAUAUCGCGUGGAACGAACUCCUGUAGCCGGUGUUAAUAUGGUCAUUAAUGAGCCAACAAUGACAUGCUGCACAUGUACGGAUGGAUGUCGAAAUCGAGUGAAAUGUGCAUGUUGGCUACGAACGUUGAAAUAUGCGGACUUAAUUGGUGAUGAACGUGUCAAGGCGAUGAAAGCGAAACAUAGAAGUCAAGCUGAGAUACUCAAUCAACUUGGCUACCGUUUUCGACGUUUGCAUAAGAACGUUCCGGGUGGUAUUUAUGAAUGCAAUAGUCGAUGUUCAUGUAAUAAAUAUACAUGUUCGAAUCGUGUCGUUCAAAACGGUAUUACCGUUCAACUUCAAUUAUUUAAAACGGUUGGACGUGGCUGGGGUGUCCGCACUUUACACGAUCUUCCAGUAGGAACAUUUAUUAGUGUUUACUCAGGUGAAAUUUUUACUAGUGAACAAGCAGAUGAACGAGGAAAAUUACUCGGCGAUGAAUAUCAAGCAGAUUUAGAUUUUUUCGAAAAUAUUAAUAAUGAUUCAGAGGACGAACACCCUGCUGGGCAAUUGGAGCCCGAAGAUGACGACAUUGACGGAGAUGAUACUUCGCCGUCGAGUACAGAGUCCGCAAACACUCGUGUCCGGAAUGCGAAUCUUCAGUCUCGUGCGCGUGAACUACUCAAUAAGAAAGAUUCGAAAAAAUCAUCGAACUCGACUUCAGAUGAUAGUGAUAACAAUUCCACGUUAAAUCGUACAUUGUUGCCUGACUACGAUGGUGUGGUGUACACACUGGACGCCAAACUAAUCGGUAAUAUUGGACGAUAUUUUAACCAUUCCUGCUCGCCGAAUAUAGCUGUACAGAACGUUUUUGUAGAUACGCAUGACAUUCAUUUCCCAUGGAUUGGCUUCUUUGCGACCAAAAUGAUUCGAUCUGGUACUGAACUAUGUUGGGAUUAUAAUUAUACAGUAGGUGAAAUUGCCGGCCGUCGGAUGGAUUGUAAUUGUGGUUCUGCUGAAUGUCGUCGUCGAGUUCUCUAG